UCCUAUAGUAUUUAAUUAGUGCUUGGAUUUUAAUAGAUCUAUGUGUUACGAAUUGAAAUGCUUGCCUUUGAUUCUUCUGUGAUAUUUCUUCACGUAGUGUUCUUAUCACUGUUAAAUUUUGGAUUGAUAUUGAAUUGAGAUUUUAAGUGUAUUUGUUGUUAGACAAAGUAAAGGGAUUGUAGUAAGUAAUCUGAAACUAAAUAAAGUGUUUGAGCUCAGGUUCAUGGAAUUGAUCGUACCGUGGGUGUUGCUAAAUAUUGAAUUCGGGUUUCAAGUAAAAGGAGUUUUGGGUUGUUACGGAUGAUAGAUAGUGUUUGGGUUGGUAGGCAAUUCUAGGUCUGUUUAAUUGCAUGUGUCUUUACUUGCUUUCAAUAAAUUAAUGUACUUAUUUCCCGGGAAAAUACCCCGAAGAAUAUUUGUAAAGGAGGAAGGCUGUUCAUGGACAUGUAGCAUAGGAUACUAAGAUAGGUACUUUCAUUUCGGUUUGUAAUAAAUUUAGAUAUUGUUUUGAACCCAUUUUUGGUGCCCGUGAUUGCAUCUCUUUGAGUUUUUCCAAAUGAGUUACUAUUUGAGCCAAUACAAGCCAAAUAAAAGUCAACUAAAGCGACCGUGCUAAAACAACGAGACUCCAGGAGUGUCUCACACCUUCCUCUCGUUAAAUAGAAUUUCUUAACUAGAAUCUCUGUCAUUGACCAGUCUAUUUGAGUCAAACUUGUUUAAAAAGGGAUAUUUGUUUAUUAAAGUGACUUGGCACCCCAAAAUCCAAUGUGAAGUGGCGGCUCCGAUUUUAAAAAUGAAUCCCUUUUGAAACACAUUUUUUGUCACUUUCAAUCUAGAAAACCCUUUUGGAACUUAAAACGUAAAUCUAAUCUUUUAUGGUUAAAAAUGGGGUGUGACAGUGCUAUCUUAGUAGUUUUCAUGCUGCUUUAGAGAGAUGAAUAAAUUAACAUAUGUGACUAUAAUUAUUUCAAAAAGGGAUAUUUGUUUAUUAAAGUGACUAGUUCCUGAGUUGGUUAUAGUAUGCAUUCAAGUGGACCCUUUUGUUUGAUUGGAUCAUGGUGCAUUUAUUAUGUAGUGAAGUUGAUUACUCCAUUAAUCUGCUUCAAUUAUUAGUUUGUUUUGAAUUACAAAUAUUUUGAAUAUGUGAUUAUUAAGCAAUUGAAGUAGGAAAUAUGAACGUUUAAACUAGGACUAUGUACACUUCGUUAGUUCGUGGUCUUAAGAUGUGAAGAAUAUGCUAGAAGUGCAUGAUAGAGCUAGAUGGAAAUUCUAUAAUAAAGAAGAAACAUAAUCUGAUGUAAUGAGUAGAAAAUUUGCAUAUUGUUCUACAUUUUUUGCUAGAUUACAGACAGGUUUGGAAAGAUUUGAUUUUCUUGAUCAGCUAUUGACAGCAAGUUCCCUAGAGGGUGUCAUGGGGUUGAGCAAAACUGAAGUGAACUUGAAGAGGUUACUUGUAACUGCACCACAGCAGCAAAAUCAAGCAAAGCUUAUACAUUAUGUUGCCACUUUGCGGGAACUACUGGAGCAGUUGGCUGACGAGAGGAAUUCUGAUGGAUUACCAAGGGUUUCAAAAGCCAAGGUGAAUGAAUAUGCUGAGAACAUUGAAGCUGUUGCUGCCAAGUUAGCUGUGCCCAUGUCUGAUGUGCAUACACCCGAGGAACCUGUGGCUGAGACUUCCAGCAGUGGAACUCCUAAAGCAGAAGAAAGUGUGAAUUCUGCUUCUGAAGGAUUGAGAAGAAGAUUUGGGGUCCAUUCAAACAAUGAGGAGAGAUCUCGAGAUACCAUUGAUUCUGAUCAAUCAUCAGCUGCAGUCAAACUGGAUGAUGCUGCACGGACACAUAUUGAGAAGCACAGGAAACUUCAGGAGGAUUUGACUGAUGAAAUGGUUGUUUUGGCCCGGCAGCUCAAAGAGAGCAGUCUCAUGAUGAAUCAAUCCAUCAAAAAUACUGAGAAAAUACUCGAUUCAACUGAGAAAGCAGUUGAGCAUAGUCUGGCAAGUACAGGGCAUGCAACUUCCAGAGCUAUGGACGUCUAUUCUCGGAGUUUCAAGACUACAUGCUUCCAGUGGCUUUUGAUUUUUGUCAUGACAUUAGUCUUUGUCAUGGUUGUAUUACUUAUUCGAGUCACUUAGCACUUAGUAGCCAACCCCCUCUGUUACUGGAGAUAUAACACACAACUCUUGCCUUUUCCCCAAUCUGUGUAUAGUACCAGAACAUACCUCAUUAUUAGGGACAGGCAAAACCACCUGCAUUACUCUCCUUUAAUUUUAUUCAAGUUUUAACUCCAUAUGCUUUAUGUUGGAUA